UUUCGAUUCUGUGGGAGUCAUAUGUCUCUUUUCUUAUUGCUCUUGUCUGAUAACCCUUUCUCAAGACUCUCCCUUGUCUCUAUUUUAUACGUCACGCCACUCAUUCCCUCAACUUCUUCUCUGUGCUUGCGCCUCGCCUGUGGUGGGACUGCAUUAGAACCUCCAUCCCAGUUGUCUAGCCAUUUACCUCCACCCCAAACUCGACUGACCUCGAAGACUUCUUUCACUUCUUUUCUCCCCACAUCAACAUUGGUCUGGGCAAGGCAAACACGGCACCUCACACGGUAAUCUCAGCUGUAUGUGUCUGUGUCAUGCAUACACAAUAUUACUGAAACCGAUUCUCCUUUUGGCUUUUGCCCUUGUUCUUCUCAGCUGCAAACAUCGACGCCAGACUCCAUUUAUCACUCUCUUCUGUGCCAAUACUGUCUGCUAGCUCUUGAAUCAAGACUCGGUCCACGAUCUCCAGUUCGCAGUCGACUGCCCGCUUUGUUCCGGUCUUGGUCUGUGUCUUUUCCCGGUCUCGAUUAUUGCAACGCAAGAGGUCAGAGGCUGGCAUCGUCACCGUGCUCAACCAAGGCUACCCGCCACGCUAGUCGAGGUACACUAACGUUAGCCUUGCUUGUCCUUGUUCUCUGUGGUUUGCUUUUUGUCAAGGCCAAGUCGAUACCACUUUUGAGAGGCAUACAUACAUCCGAUUUCGCGCAGCUUCCCGCGUUCCACCGAUCUAUUACUCCCUUGAUCAACCAAACUAGUCCAUCAUUCGAAAGACUAGAAUCCACACAUUUUGCGACAUUCUCCUGAUAUUACAUUCGACGCUCAAACCUUCGAGGGUGACAUUAAUCGAGCGAAGCCGUCCGACCUUGUCUUCCAGUUAACUUUGUUAAUGGACUGACCGGCCUUUCAGGACGUCUAAAAAAGCUACAGCUCCAGGCCUCCGGUUUUGAGCCUGCGCGCAUCCAAAUCCUUGUAUUGCUUUUUUUCUGUUGCACAUUCGAUCUUAAGUUACAAUGACGACAACGUUACCGCGCCCGUCUCGGCCUUCAGUCGGGCCUCCCAAUAUGGCACUGCCGGCCUUGCCAGUGAGCAAGACGCGCAAGAGUACAGGAAAUAUCCCCUCGCCCACAGCCUCGAUCAGAUCAGCCCCGGGCACACCCCGAUCCGGUCUUCGAACACCGUCGACAAUGAGCCUAGUCCCCCCAGGCCCGGCACCGUCAGCCGCACUCCCACAGCCAAAGACUGGCUCUGGUGUUAAUGGUCCCGGAAAAACUCUCCGCAAGAGUGUCAGCAUCAACUCUUUCCCACAACCGCCCAGGGGAGAUACACGUUCGAGCAGCGGCGUCCCGCCUAGUCCGAGGGCCGCAGACAAACCCCGAUCGACAAGGAAGCCCUCAAAGGUCGCAAAGGAAUCCAUGUACAGCACGCUGAGUUCGAGCACACCAAGCUUCCUUAAUGGUAGCGGGGAAGGAAAGUCGAUUACGAGUGUACGCAUGUCAGACGGUUUGAUCAGUGUUGCGUCACCACCUCAAAGUCGUAGUUCUUCAGCACAAGAUUCAUACUCGACAUCAGCUACGACAUAUGAUGACCCCGCGGAAGGAUCGGGCCAGAAACCUGAUACCUCAAAUGACAAGCGAGCAUCAAAACAUGAUGGGAAGGGGAAUGUCGUUGUAAGUGUCAGGGUUCGACCAGACGCUAACGGAAACAACGGGAGCCCUGAGGGUGAGUGGAUGGUGGAUGGGCGCAAGUCGCUCAUCUCGUUCAGAGGGAAGGAUGGCGGUGACCAUUACUAUGAUAAUGUUUUCACGACACAUGACAAUAACUCCAGAGUAUACGACCAUAUUGCGAAACGGCUAGUCCGACGAGUUAUGGAGGGUUACCAUGGUACUGUCUUUGCGUACGGUAUGACCGGCACCGGAAAGACAUUUUCUAUGCAAGGAACCGCUUCAUCACCAGGCGUGAUUCCACUUGCCAUCACCGAUAUCUUUUCUUACAUCCGAGAAACACCAUCACGGGAAUUUUUGCUGAGAGUCAGCUAUCUGGAGAUUUACAAUGAAAAAAUCCAUGAUUUAUUAAGUAUGCCCAUUGCGAACGGCGUUGGAGGGGGUGCACAGCAAGAAGAAAUUAAACUACGUGAAGACAGCAAGCGCGGUGUGUAUGCUACCCCGCUGAAGGAGGAGAUCGUCCAGAGCCCUACGCAGCUUCUGCGAGUCAUUGCACGAGGCGACCAAGCCCGAAGAACCGCCAGUACACAGUUCAACGCUCGAAGUUCACGAAGCCACGCAGUCGUUCAAAUUGUCGUGGAGUCUCGGGAGAGAAUACCAGGUGUUUCAGUUGCGGGCGAGGGUAAGCGGUCUGGCCUUUUGCCUGGUGGCGUGCGAGUAUCAACACUCAGCUUAAUCGACCUGGCUGGCUCCGAGAAGGCCGCUGAAUCUAAAGAGCGUAGACAAGAAGGUGCUCAUAUCAACAAGAGUCUGCUCACCCUGGGCACGGUUAUUUCAAAACUUUCAGAGUGGAAGGAGAAAGAAGCAAAGGGUACAGACAAGGAAGGGAAGCAUCUUCCAUAUCGUGAUAGCAAACUCACUCGGCUGCUGCAGGGAGCUUUAUCUGGGAAUUCUCUAGUGAGUAUUCUUUGCACGAUACAGAUCGGAGCUGGUAAUAGCGCGGCCUUGGCCAACAAUCACACUCUGGAAACGAUUAAUACCCUCAAAUUUGCCUCGAGAGCCAAGAAUAAUAUCGUUAGCCAUGCAAAGAAGGCCGAGGAAGCUCUUGGAGCAGGCGGCGAAGGCGGAGCUCGAGUUCUGCUUGAGCGCUAUCGCAUGGAAAUCUCGGAAUUGCGCCAGCAACUUGAGUCUCAGGCAAAGAAGAACAAGGGGGAAGUGGUGGAGGAAGAAAAGAUACACAACGAAGAGGAAGAGAAAGCCAGAGAAGCUGAGGCUGCGGAGCGACAUGAGGAGCAAAUUCUUGAGAUGCAACUCGCCCGGACAGCCCUGAAGGAACGAAUCGACCAUCUGAACCGCCUCAUUCUCAGCUCAAAGUCCAUCGGUGUCAAUUCGAACGGGUCAAUAAGCUCUCUCGGUCAAUAUGCCCGGUUUUCCCAGUUCUCGCAGAUAUCUUUGCCAGCAUCAAUUCGCUCGUCAGUUGCCACUUCUGUAGGUGGCAAACCGCUGAUGGAACGUACAUCAUCUAUGACAUCGGCAUCUUCGACAAUCGGCCGUCGAUCUAGUGGUGGACAGAAGAUCGGAGAUGAUGUUGGAGACGCUGAAGAUGACAGUGCAGGUGAAUUUGGUGACGGCACAGCAUCCUUGACGGCUCAGAAUCGUGCCCUACAAGCCGAUCUUGCAGACAAGAAUCGAUAUAUUGCGACGUUGGAAAAGCGUCUUCUUCAAGCACGUCGCGCAAGCUCUAGCCGGGCAUCCGUGGGUUUUGCGGCCCCGAACAAAGCUAUUAUGGUCGGAGAAGAUCACAGCGUAUCUGCUGCCUUGCGGGAAAAAGAUUCCGAGAUAGCAGAUCUUCGAGCAAGACUUGAUGAUAAAGAUAGGAUGUUGGCUGCUUUGAGAAGUGCAGCACGGUCACGCGACACAGCCGAAGCGACUGUUGAGCCUCGUUCUCCGCCUCCUCAACAAGAGGGCCAUCCUGAAGUAGCCAUCGGCGUGAAGCCAGUGGAGGUAGAAAAGAAGCGAACCCGAGGCGUUGACGAGAUGAAUAACCUUUUGGACGAGAUGCUACAAGAUCGGGUUGAGAGAGGCCAGGUGGUACGUGGCAAGCGAGGUAGCGUACGCUUGGCGGGUGGACAGAAGAUGGACUCCUUAGCAGAACCCAACUUUGAGCCUUUACGACGAACUCCCACGCCGAAUCCCCCUGAGGAGCGGAAAGACAUGCCGGCAGAGGCAUAGAAGUUGAUACAAAGCCGAGGAAUUCAUUAUAACGCCCCCUUUCUGGAGUAAACCGGGUCGGAGACUUAUUGAGCAUACAGGCGUUUUAUGGAAAUUGGCAUUGUUUCUUGCGGGAAAAGGGGGUUUAUUUGCGUUAUACCCGAUUAUACUUUCUUUUGUCGCUGGGCGAGAGGAAAGGGAAACGGAAGGAUGAAGAAGACAUUCCGCCCUUGGCUCAUGCAAGCGGCCGCAUUUUAUGUUUGUUUCAGGGACUUGGUGAGAAACAGCGAACCGUAGAGCCCGUUUUGCGUUUUGUGAACAAUUUUCUUUGUGCCAGGAAGCGGGGAACCACCGUUCUGACAGGGCAUUGUUACCUUCGUUUUACUUUAUUCUUUGGGGACGAGAGCCUAGUUAUGUACUUAUACCAUGAUGAGUUGAGAGCGGGAGAUUUGACAGCAACAACAGGAUGCGGCACUUGGCUGUUGCAGGUAGUUAAUGAUGGGGAACGAAAAAACAUGAGACAGAGAGAUAAGAAUGAAGAAACUCUGAGAUUCGAGCUUGAAUAUUGAUGAGAGAUGUGACAUGUA